AUGAAGUACAAAGAGAGCAUGCCGCUCACGAGCAUAUCGAGGACAGGGAAGAACUUUCUGCUGGGAGGGGGGGGAGGCAACCCAAUCUUUGGCUUUCCCAACCGCAUAGUGAUGCUUGACGCAGAGCUGAAUGUUCUGGCAGAGGCGAACGUAAAGGAGGUCGUGGUCUCAUCAAAAGUCUACUCUGAUGAGUAUGUUUUGGUCGAGUAUCCCUCGUCGUACGAACUAUUUAUUCUGUCGGAGGGAGACAUACAGGGCCCCUACACUCUCCCUUUUGGCGUGUAUUCGCCCAUUAUCGUGAAGGGAACACUGUACUACAUCAAAGAAGGAAAGGUUUUCAAAAUAGAAGUGUCGAAAAUAAAAAACAGCAAAACAGCGGAGAGCGAAAUAAAAAUAAAAACCAAAGAAAUCACCUCGAACAAAGGACACGCUGACACAAUGAACAGCCAGAGCAGCCCUGAUAACAUAACCACACAAGACGCAGACAGCAGCACAAGCCACGAUACCUCAGAUCAGCAGCACGAGGCUGCAAGUGCCUCUGAUCUAUCAUCGUGGGAGAAGGCAGUGGAUAUUAACGAAGAGAUAAAGAUGAGCUCUCUAUACACGAACGGCCAGUCUCUUCUGUACAAGGCUACCAAGAAAAACAUCCCAUUUUUGUUCAUGGAAGAGGGAAGGGAAGUGAUGCUAGAUGGGCCCAUUAGCAGCUACAGCGCCAGCAAGUCGCUAGGAUACAUCGUGCAACUGCCAAAGGAUAAGUCAGUCCUUACGAUGAUGCACAGGGACCAGAUAUGGACAGUAAUUGAGCCCAUGUGCAUCACUAUUCACUCCACAGAAGAUGGCGUAUUCUAUGUGGGGACAGGCACAGGGCACGUAAUUGCCUAUAAGAAGGGAAGAGAGCUGUGGAGGAAGAAGGUCUUCACCUCUCCUGUCUCGGGGAUAGCCAGCAUGAGCGGGCAGCUGUACUGCACGUGCAUCAAUGGAAGAGUUGCAAAGGUGGCCACAGAGGGAGCAAUGAAGCAGGUGGUGAAGAUGGGGCUCUUCAUCGUCUGUCUCUCUGCGUGUGUGGGGGCUGCGAAGUACUACGCGGAGGAAAGGAUGCGCAGCAUUUUUGAGGCCGCUAGAAGCUAUUUUAUUAAGUAG